AUGCCUGCAAACCACCCUGGAUCAUCAAACAAUGCAGGAAUAUCUACCAUCUAUCCGAGCAACUCUGUGUUGCAUGCUGCCAACCCACCCCCAGCACGUUCAGUAGUAUCUACAACUGAAGCCCAGCCCCCCCAGCCCCGCCCCGAUCAAUACCCAUUUGAGAUUCUAUGGGAAUUUGAUGACUGCAAAAAGGACAAGGACGCUGGACUAACAGCUCAGAACCCCGCUCGACCUGCAAUUGAACGUGCUACCACCAUCAAAGCUACCACCCGCGUUGCUCAAAACAAGCUUGAGCAGUUGCCCCUGCCAAAGUGUCGAUCCCAGAAAUGGUCGCGGAAUUACUAUCUAUCUGCGUACCCGGCUCAGUGGGCAGCUAUCAUCCAAGAGAUGGACCAGCAGCAGCCGCUGCUAGCUCUAUGUUCAAACCAUUGGAAGGCCGAACAUGUCCUUGGCCAAAUGUUGAGGUCUAGUAAGCUGGUUGAUGAGGUGGCUAUUAACAACAACGAUGAAGACGCAACUCUCAUUGCUAUCUUGUCAGGAACAGGAACAGGAACGGGAACGGGAGCAAAAGCUCAAAAACGACGUCAAGCAAGGUCGAGUGUCUCGGAAAUGGCAAGAAAACAACGGCCAGUGAGCAGCGCAGCUCCAGAGGCCAUGUCAGAGGUACAGAUGAGGAUGGACAACUCAUCCUCGGAUGCAUUGAUGCCUCCACCCACUACCGGCCAAUUUUCAGUACCUAUUCAAAAAUCACUUCCUCCCCCAUCAUUUCUGUCUGUCUCCUCAAAUAAAGGGUCCAAAAAAUACGAUGUCGACUUUAUAGAGGUCAGCUCCUCUAUCCUUGACUUGAAAACUAUCAUAACUCGCGACUUCGACUCCAACUCCUUCGGUAUCAACCUUCUCGACGCUGUGGAACUCUCUACAGACUUCUCCCCCGGCCCCCCUUCCUCUCUUAUGCUUGAAUUUAUUGAGUGCAUUAAGCGUGCUGACCCCAAUUCCCCCGAAUUUGAUGAGGAUGACCAUGGUAAUUGCGAGACGGCAAGUGUAACAACCAAGAUAUACUCUGGCGCACACAGGAACACACUAUAG